AUGCCAUUAUUUAAUCGAAAGUUUGAAAUAAAACCGAUUCCUCCUCGAACACAGAGAUGUAAUAUUGGAUGUCCACCUAUAACUGAAGAUUUAAAUGAUUUUAAGGAUAUCACCCUAAAUUUAAAUAAUAAGGAAUUGAAGUUUAUUGACGGAAUGUGGAUAUAUUUAAAUAAAAAGAAUGAUUUGGAUGAUAUUCAAAAACUAAAUAAGAAAUUAAAACAUAUCGAAGAAGAAAAUAAUAUUAAUCAAGUUAAAGUUGAAAUAUUAUUAGAUUUAUUAACUGAAAGUGUUUCUGAAAUUGAUUUACUUAAACAUAAGUAG